AUGAUGGAUUCAUUUUCGCUGUCUCCUGAUUGCCAACACUCUACUACGGGCCUGUGUUCCAAAUGCACGUUAAAUCAAACAUUCUCAAUAUCGAAAGCAGAAGAGCGUCAUCGAAGAAAUCUAUCGAAUGGUUCGAUUAAGCUUAAUCAAUCUGUAUCGAACACAUCUGCUCCAAUGCAUCACCUGUACUUAGCACCUGAUGAAUUUGUUUCGUUCCCAAAGCUGCCUGUGCAAGCUGUUCAACCACAAACCGAUGAUGUGAAGAUUCCGCAACCUGACGAGUUAGAGAUCCCGCGAGAAAAACAAAACGAUGAACAGGUGCAGAAAGACAAAGAGUCUGAAUUCAUUUUUACUACGUCCCCGUUGGUAGAACCACCAAGCUUGCUAAUGCGACUUUUUGAGUCGUCUCACUUCACUCCGGCCAUUGCGAUUAAGUAUCUUUUCUCAUGUUCAGAAAAAGGAGUGAAGCAAUAUUUAGGAAAGAAGCUAUUUGCUUUCCACCAUUCUCGCGUCAAUUUCUUUAUUCCUCAGCUCAUUAGUCUGUACAUAAAUGACAAAGAGGUUGCUAGCGCCAUUCACCAGUAUAUUGAAGAACGAAUGUUUCUUGUUAUAGAAGAAUACGCUGUUUCUUCUUUCGCUGCAUCACCUGUUCAAGAUCUAAUUUUGUGCUUCUCAAAGGAUCGUGAAUCAAAGAUGUGCGAGGUUGCAUGGUUAUCUGAUAUUAUGCGGUGCAAAUUGAAUCUUCAUUUCGCAUUAAUAUGCGUAUGGCUCUUAGAAUCACUAGGAGUUGACAGGUUGAAGGGCAAAGACCGUGCGCUGGCACAUGGCGAUAUUUUAAGGCGGAUGAUUCUAAACGAAUUCAAACCUCCAAGACCGAUUGAUUCCUUGAAAAAGUGGGUAUGUGUCGGUGAUCGCCAAGGAUGUCUUGCCAACGGAUCUUUGUUGAAUCCGGAAAACCUCAACUCCGGUCUGCAAUUAACAAGAAGUGAAAGUGCAGCGACAUCAUUGCGGUUUCUCUCUCCGGCCAGUUUAGGCGGAGAUCGAACGUUGGACAGCGGAUGCCGAUGUUUCGAAUACGACGACGUCACGGACUGUAUUUGUGGGGCCAGGGCAAUGGAUGUACAAAAAGACUUUGUAGACUGGCUUGUUCGCAUAGGUUAUAAUCUCAGAGAAGAGCCAUCGAAAGGCGAGAAGACUCGUCGUCUUGUGAGCGAGCUGCUCGUUUUAAAUAUGCAUCUUCCUGCCCGUGUAUGGAUACCUCUAUCAGAAGGCCACGUUGUUCUAAACAUUCCUCCUACCAAUAGUUGUGUACUAAAUAGCAAGGAUAAGGCUCCAUACUGUAUAUUUGUGGAAGUGCUGCGUUGUGGAGAUGUACGAAGAGUUCGCUUGCCAAAACGUCAGACGUCUGCAGAAGAUUGUAUCCAGAUGCCUCCACGUGACGUUAGUAACUCAUCGAUAGCCUCACUGGACAACUCUCUAACUAAAUCAUCUGAGACAAUUCUUCCCACACCGACAUGCUCAGAUUUGCAUACUCCGGACAGCGACUGUUCACGACAGGAGUCAGUCGACAUCGGAGUUGACACAACUGAUUCACCAUGGGAUACUGUGUCAGUCGAUAGUUGUGCAUCUGAACCUGUUCUUCGUAGUUCAACUGGAAUCAGUCAUCGUCUGAGACAAUGGGUGAAAAGACCAGGUCGCAGGCGUCAAAUGCGUGCUCAUCCUGAUGAUCCAUCGGCAUCAACUAUGAGUGAACCUUGGGAUGAAAAGAAAGAACGUAUAAGACAAGCAAGCCCUUAUGGUCGUUUGAAAGGUUGGGAUCUUCUACCUGUAAUAGUGAAAAGCGGUGACGAUCUAAUGCAGGAACUGCUAGCGUAUCAACUUUUAGUUACUCUUAAGGAAAUAUGGGAAGAAGAAGAUGUACCACUCUAUCUACGACCUUAUAAAAUCGUUGUUACCUCACCCGAUUCGGGUAUGAUUGAGCCAAUAGUGGACGCUUGUUCAUUACAUCAGAUAAAACGUAACCAGAGUGCGCUUUACCGCGAGGAAGGAAAAUCUGAAGAGCCAUCUCUGGAAGCACAUUUCAUUGAUACAUUUGGACCUAAAGGAUCUUCUUCAUACCUUCAGGCUCAACAAAAUUUUGUACACAGUUGUGCAGCGUAUUCUCUUGUUUGCUAUUUUCUACAAGUAAAAGAUAGACACAACGGAAAUAUUCUGAUUGAUGCUGACGGUCAUUUGAUCCAUAUAGAUUUUGGCUUUAUUCUUUCCAUAUCACCGAGGAAUCUUGGUUUCGAAACUUCACCUUUUAAGCUGACAUCGGAACUAAUUGGUGUUAUGGGUGGUAUUGACUCGGAUCUAUAUUACUAUUAUAAAACGCUUCUUUUGAGAGGUAUCAUUGCUGCUAGAAAACACCAUGAAAGAGUGAUGACGAUAGUACAAAUAAUGUCCAAAGGCUCUCAACUGCCAUGCUUCCGAGGUGGUGCUGCUAUGUUACGGGCGCUUAAAGGUCGAUUUCACAUGACAUAUACCGAUAUUGAGUUGCAGAAAUUGGUGGACACUUUGGUAGAACAAAGUCGAGACUCUUUAACUACUCGGCUCUACGACAAUUUCCAAUACUACACGAACGGUAUUUUGUAA